ACCCCGCUGUUCUCUCCCUCUCCCUCUCUCUCUCUCUCUCUCUGAACCCAACCACCUGGCCUUGCAGGUGCAGUCCUUUGCUUGCCUGGAUCCCCUCUUCUUGGAGGCAAGAACCUGAACCACCAUGUCCGUGCUCGGCGUCUUCUUGGCGUCGCUGCUCGUGGCGGCGGCGGGGGCGCCGGCGCGUGUGGCGGCAGCGGGAGGGGGUUGUGCGGCGGAGAGGUUCACCAACAACCGGGUGUACCGGGCGUGCAGCGACCUGCCCCGCCUGGGCGCCGCCGUGCACUGGACCUACGACGCCGCGGCGUCGUCGCUGUCCGUGGCGUUCGUGGCCGCGCCGCCGUCGCCGGGCGGGUGGGUGGCGUGGGGGCUUAACCCCACCGGGAGCGGCAUGGCCGGCACGCAGGCGCUCGUCGCGCUGCCCAAGGGCGGCGGGUACGAGGUCCAGACGUUCGACAUCGAGACGUACGCGCUCGGCGCGCCGGGGAAGCUCAAGUACCCGACGGCCGACCUCGCCGCCGAGGCCGGCAGCGACGGCCGGGUCAGGCUGUUCGGGACGCUCACGCUGCAGAACGGCACGGGGGAGGUGAACCAGGUCUGGCAGGUGGGGCCGGUCUCCGGCGGGAACAUGAUGCCGCACGACAUGGGCAACGACAACAAGGCGGCGACGGGGAAGCUCAACCUGGUCACCGGCGCCGCCACCUCCUCCAGCGCCGGCGGCAGCCUCCUCAGGAAGAAAAAUACGCAUGGAAUCCUGAAUGCUGUGAGCUGGGGUCUUCUACUUCCCAUGGGAGCCAUAUUUGCUAGAUAUCUCAAGACAUUCAAAUCUGCCGAUCCUGCGUGGUUCUACCUUCACGUAGCUUGCCAGCUGAUUGGUUAUGGUGUGGGAGUUUCUGGCUGGGCAACUGGUAUUCAUCUAGGGAACCUGUCCAAGGGAAUCACCUAUUCGGUUCACAGGAACAUCGGGAUCGCAGUAUUUGCACUUGGUACCCUGCAGGUCUUUGCGCUCUUCCUGAGGCCCAAGAAGGAUCACAAAUACCGUGUUUACUGGAACGCGUAUCACCACUCAGUCGGUUACACUAUCAUCAUCCUGGGCAUCAUCAACAUCUUCAAGGGGAUGUCCAUCUUGCAGGUGGAACAGAAGUGGAAGACCGGCUACAUCAUUGCGAUCAGCAUCUUGGGUGGCAUUGCCGUGAUCCUUGAAGUUGUUACAUGGACAAUUGUCUUGCAGCGGAGGAAGGAAGAUGACAAGGCCUACAAUGGCGCAUCAAACGGCCACUUGCCACUCUCAAUGUGAUCCAUGUAGAGGCUGGAGGGCCCUAUGAUCCUUACUUAUAUAAUCAGGAGACUAUAUUCAGGGAUGUGUAUGCUUAUAGGAUUAGGCCUUGUGAUCUUGGCAUCUCUUCUUUUGUUCGAUAGAUAUGUGUAUACUGCACAUUAUACUGGAGAUGAGAGAUGCCGGUACAGCUUGUUUGAUUUUUGUUCUGUUUCUGAAUUGCUGAGUUGAUCAUCCACUUUGUGUG